AUGAAGCUGACGGGGAUAUUUUUGUUACUGAUGCUUUGGAUCUGUGAUGGUGCCAGAAUAGCAGAGAGCGGUGAGGAUAAUAGCGUUUACGACUUGUUUGAGCUGAUCCAAGUGCCCAAGAAAAACCACGGAGUGAACCAGGUGAAAGGAGACGACCCCUACAGCCCCGCCUACAAGAUCCUCAACCCGGACCUGAUCCCCCCGGUCCCCGAGCGCGCCCUCCGGGACCUGAUCGACUCCAUCCACGCCGAGAGGGGCUUCCUCUUGCUGCUCAACUUCAAGCAAGCCAAACGCACCCGGGGUAGCCUUUUGACCGUGGAAAAAAAGGACGGUUCCGGCCCGGUGUUUGAGAUCGUCUCCAAUGGAAAGGCGAACACUUUGGACAUUGUUUUCUCCACCGAGAAGAAGCAGCAUUUGGUCUCCAUUGAAGAUGCAGAUCUGGCCACGGGAUACUGGAAGAACAUCACGCUGUUCGUGCAGGAGGACCGGGCCCAGUUGUAUGCAGGAUGCGAGGAGGUCAACAGCGCCGAGCUGGACGCGUCGAUCCAAAGCAUCCUGACCCAGGAGACGCCUGCCAGUGCGCAGCUUAGAAUCGGGAAAGGAGCCGUGAAGGACAGGUUCAUGGGGGUCCUUCAAAACGUACGCUUUGUUUUUGGAACAAGUUUGGAUGCCAUCCUGCGCAACAAAGGAUGUCAGAACUCGCCAGAUUCAAUGAUCAUGGAGAAUCUUAAUGGCUCCUCAGCCAUCCGGACAGAGUACACUGGUCAUAAAACUAAAGAUCUUCAGAUGGUCUGUGGCUUCUCCUGCGAGGACCUUGUCAGUAUGUUCAAGGAGCUCAAAGGUCUCGGUGUUGUGGUCAAGGAACUGUCCAUUGAGCUCCGAAAGCUGACGAACGAAAAUAAGCUGAUCAAGACUCGUAUCGGGAUCCACGGUGGUGUUUGCAUCCACAAUGGCAUCGUACACAAGAACAGAGACGAGUGGACCGUUGAUGACUGUACCGAGUGCACUUGUCAGAAUUCUGCAACAGUGUGUCGCAAGAUCUCCUGUCCCCUGAUUCCCUGUGCAAACGCAACUGUACCAGACGGAGAGUGUUGCCCGCGCUGUGGAACACCGAGCGACUAUGCAGAGGACGGCUGGUCUCCGUGGUCUGAAUGGACCCAUUGUUCCGUGUCAUGUGGGCGGGGCAUCCAGCAGCGUGGACGCUCUUGCGACCGCAUCAAUAACAACUGCGAGGGCACCUCUGUGCAAACCCGUGACUGUUAUCUCCAGGAGUGCGACAAGCGCUUCAAGCAGGAUGGCAGCUGGAGCUAUUGGUCACCGUGGUCUUCAUGUUCGGUUACCUGCGGAGCCGGCGUCAUCACUAGAAUCCGUCUUUGCAAUUCCCCAACACCCCAGCUUGGAGGCAAAGACUGUGUGGGAGAAGGUCGCCAAACAGAAAAAUGUCAAAAGUCUCCAUGCCCCAUCAAUGGCAACUGGGGACCCUGGUCACCGUGGGAUACAUGCACUGUUACAUGUGGAGGCGGUGUUCAAACUCGUAAACGCCUGUGCAAUGACCCUGCACCAAAAUACAAUGGUAAAGAGUGUGUUGGUGAGGGCAAAGAAACACAGAUGUGCAACAAGAAAACAUGUCCGAUUGACGGCUGCCUAUCAAACCCCUGUUUCGCUGGGGUCAAGUGUACCAGUUUUCCCGAUGGUUCCUGGAAGUGCGAAAAGUGCCCUGUUGGUUAUACUGGUAAUGGCAUCAAAUGUAAAGACCUGGAUGAGUGCAAAGAGGUCCCAGAUGCUUGCUUCGAGUUUAAUGGUGUUCAUCGCUGUGAGAACACAGAUCCUGGCUACAACUGUCUUCCUUGCCCACCUCGUUAUUCAGGACCUCAACCGUUUGGUAAAGGUGUGGAGCAGGCUGCUGCUACAAAACAGGUGUGCUCACCCCGAAAUCCUUGCCUGGAUGGAAGCCAUAACUGCAAUAAGCACGCACGCUGCAACUACCUUGGCCAUUUUUCGGAACCCAUGUUCCGAUGUGAGUGUAAGCCAGGAUAUGCCGGUAAUGGACACAUCUGUGGAGAGGACACUGAUCUGGAUGGCUGGCCCAAUGCUGACUUGGUUUGCGUAGAGAAUGCCACCUACCACUGCAAAAAAGACAACUGCCCCAAUCUCCCCAACUCUGGACAAGAAGAUUAUGAUAAGGACGGCAUCGGAGAUGCUUGUGACAUCGAUGAUGACAAUGAUGGCAUUCCUGAUGACAGAGACAACUGUCCGUUUAUCUUCAACCCCAGGCAGUACGACUAUGACCGCGAUGACGUAGGCGAUCGCUGUGACAACUGCCCUUAUAAUAGCAACCCUGACCAAACAGACACGGACAACAAUGGAGAGGGAGAUGCCUGCGCUGUGGACAUAGACGGAGAUGGCAUACUAAAUGAGAAGGACAACUGUCCCUACAUGUACAAUGUGGACCAAAGAGACACAGAUUUGGACGGGGUGGGAGACAUGUGUGAUAACUGCCCUCUGGAACAUAAUCCAGAUCAGGUGGAUUCAGAUGAUGAUCGUGUUGGAGACAAGUGUGACAGCAAUCAGGAUAUUGAUGAAGAUGGACACCAGAACAACCUGGACAACUGCCCUUACAUCCCUAAUGCCAAUCAGGCUGAUCACGACAAGGACGGCAAAGGAGAUGCAUGUGACCACGAUGAUGACAAUGACGGCAUCCCAGAUGAAAAGGACAAUUGCAGACUCGCACAUAAUCCUGACCAAAUUGACUCUGAUGGUGAUGGUCGUGGAGACGCAUGCAAAGAUGACUUUGACCAAGACAAUGUACCUGACAUUUAUGAUGUGUGUCCUGAGAACUUCGACAUUAGCGAGACAGACUUCCGAAAAUUCCAAAUGGUUCCUCUAGACCCGAAAGGAACUUCCCAGAUUGAUCCAAACUGGGUGGUUCGUCACCAGGGUAAAGAGCUCGUUCAAACCGUCAACUGUGACCCUGGAAUUGCCGUUGGAUACCAUGAGUUUAAUUCCGUUGACUUCAGUGGUACCUUCUUCAUCAACACCGAGAGGGAUGACGACUAUGCCGGCUUUGUAUUUGGUUACCAAUCGAGCUCCAGGUUCUAUGUGGUGAUGUGGAAGCAGAUCACACAAACCUACUGGUCUAACAAACCCACAAAAGCCCAGGGCUACUCUGGCCUGUCGAUCAAAGUGGUAAAUUCCACAACUGGCCCGGGAGAACACCUCAGGAAUGCCCUGUGGCAUACCGGGAAUACUGCAGGACAGGUCCGCACUCUUUGGCAUGACCCUAAGAAUGUCGGAUGGAAAGAUUACACUGCGUACAGAUGGCAUCUGAUCCACAGACCAAGAACAGGGCUUAUCAGAGUUGUGAUGUACGAAGGAAAGAAGAUCAUGGCAGAUUCUGGUAGCAUCUAUGACAAAACAUAUGCAGGAGGCAGGCUAGGUCUUUUCGUCUUCUCCCAGGAGAUGGUUUACUUCUCAGACCUCAAAUAUGAGUGCAGAGGGUAUCCACCCUGCACUGUGGUGUGGGUGGCUGGUGGGUUGCUGUUGGCGUUCCCGCGAUUCGCCAUGCCGGUUGGAGGGCUGCAGCUGUGUCUUGUGGGCCGGGAGGGCGUGGUGGUUGGUGGUGCGUCCCCUUAUCCCAUCCCUGAAGGACGGUUGAUGGGGGCACGGGUGGCCCAGGGGACCACCCUGGAUCCCUGGGGGGUAACAAUGCCCCCCCGGAUUGGCUGGGGAAGGGCCAUGGCCCUGGGGCGGCACCCACGCAGCAUCUCCACUCGUCUACGGGACUAUCACAUGUUAGAUGGGACUCACGCAUGA